AUGGCACUCCUACAACAUAUAUGGACAGUAAAUAUAAAGAGUAACCUCUGCUGCCAUCUAUCUAGUGGAGUGAUCCAAUCCCCAACAUAUCCUCUAUGCAAUACAGCCAGUGAAAUCAUUGAAGAUAAUAACGGAAGAUUAGGUGCAUCUGCCCAUUCAGAUUUUGGUAUGGUUACGCUUCUAGUAACUGACGGGUGUCCCCGGUCUUCAGGCAUGUCUAUUUGCAGGGAUAAGGACAGACGACCGCAGCUAUGGGAGAAUGUGCCUCAUGUUAAUGGGGCUUUGAUAGUUAAUGUUGGGGACUUGUUGGAGAGGUGGACUAAUUGCUUAUUCCGAUCAACAUUGCAUAGAGUCUUACCACCCAGACAAGAGCGCUACUCGGUCGCCUUCUUUAUAGAUCCGAACUCUGAUUGUUUGGUUGAGUGCUUGGAAACUUGCUGCAGUGAGAAAAAUCCUCCGAGGUUUCCUGCUAUUCGAAGCGGCGACCAUCUCCAGGCGCGGAUAAAGGCUGCAUAUGGUCUGUGAUCAAAAUGAGAGGUCUGAGUCACAGUCCUGUAUCAUUAAAUUUAGCAGAAAUAAACUAUGCUCAAGUAUCUUUGUAAACCAUGUUAUGGACUAUCAAUUACUUUCAGACUUCUGUUUUAGAAAAUUAAAAUUCAGAAAUCAGAUUAAGUCAGACCAUUGAA